GAAUAACGUGCUAAUUUAAAAUAGCGUGAUAGUGUCGUUGAAUGUCGAUUAAUAAUGCCUGAAGAAAAUAAGCCGAAAAAAGUUAAAAUUAUCAGCAUGGGCGAUGAAGACACGGGGAAGUCUUGCCUGAUUAAACGAUUUUGUGAGAAGCGUUUUGUUUCAAAGUAUUUACCAACGAUUGGCAUUGACUAUGGUGUAUUCAGAACUAAGGUUGGAAUGAACGAACUACGCGUCGACAUAUUCGACAUGUCUGGAAAUCCUUCCUACUACGACAUUCGGAAUGAGUUUUAUAAUGACACUAAUGGAGCUAUCUUGACUUUUGAUCUAACGAAUAGAAAAAGUUUUGAAAACUUGAUUCGAUGGAUUCGCGAACUGCAUUUCGAAUCCAGGGAAUCUAAUUCCGUUACAUCUCCUGUCAUUAUUGUUUGUGGUAACAAGGUUGAUAAAGCGCCUAGAUCAGUUAGUUAUUAUGAAGUUUCUGAGUGGGCAGCAAUACAUCAGUAUCCAUACUUUGAAACUUCCGCACUUUCUGGUUAUGGAGUCACAGAAACCUUUAAUACUUUAUUUGAAAGUAUUAUUAAUCCUGAGGUAUAUCAAUCUUAUAUACCAACACAAGUUAGUUUUCAUAAAAAUCAAACUAAUCAUACAUAUCAACAACAUUCAUCAGCAACAACAACAACAACAACAACGAAUCCUUCAAAAUCUAAUUCAAAUUACAAUGAUAAGCCAAAUAAUUCAAAAUUCAAUAACCAGUCAAAACAAUCUACUAACCAAUCGUCGACACCACCAUCUUCAGCUGCUUCACCCACAUCAUCAUUUAGAUCAAAUGGAAAUGAUCCAUUGAAAUGUACAUAUCAAAAUCUAAUAGAAAUAAAUCGUAUAAAAAAUGCUAAAAAUAAUUAUGAACGAUUAGGAAUUAGUAUAACAGCAAGCAAUGAAGAAAUUCAAAAAGCAUUUCGUCGUUUAGCUUUCAUAUUACAUCCUGAUAAAAAUCAUGCUCCAGGUAGUGAAGAAGCAUUCAAAAUAUUAGUCAAAGCAAAAGAUUCAUUACUUUCAUUAUCGAAUGGAUCCAAUUGGUUCAAUGCUAAAUUUUCAUAGUAGCCAAUGUUAUGUUAUUUUCUUCUUCAAUAAUUUGUGAUUAUCAAUAUUUCUAUAAACUGUGAUAAUUCUUGAGAUAACAUGUAGAUUUGUAUAUUUUCAUAUAAAACAUUUUAACUACUUGUAAGUAGAACAAUUGAG